UAGGUACCUAUGUACCUAUCGCCAAAGAAAAGUUAGAAUUUUUAUUCGUAUUCGUAUUUAAAAUAAAAAAAAGCAAAGAAAUCGUGUAUGUAAAAUUUAAUUAAUAAAUGAACUUUGAAUAUUAAAAUGGCAACGAACUACGUAAAAUAUGCCCAAUUAAUAAAAGGCACCAGUAACUAUGCCCGAAGAAUGCAGAGGUUAUCCAAUCGUAUUUUCGGAGAAGUAGCAACGCAAACGAACCCUAGCUCUUUAAAGGUAGUAAAAAUGUUUGCGGCUCGACCUUUACAUACAAACGAAGAGAUCCUUCACUAUUAUCCGCGCCACAUAGAGACACACGCACUCAUGUUGAAGCUACGAGAGUAUGGUUUGUUCCGAGACGAGCAUCAAGACUUUGUGGAGGAAAUGAAACGACUUCGCGCGUUACGUGGAAAAGUUAAGGUUUGGAGGCGACAUAUGAACAAUGAAAAUAAGGAAUAAUGUCAAUUUAAUUUAUAAAUUUAGUUAAUAGCAUUAGUCUAAUAAACAAUUUUACUGAA